UUAUCGCAACCCAGCACACCUCGACGCAGCUCUCACGCACCCCAGAUUUUCUCGUAGCCUUCCUUGUCGGCUAGCCCAGAACUAUGCCGGGCCGUCUGCUUUCUCUCGUCCGCCCCGCGCCUGCGUCAUCGCCGCCCCUCGACCAGUUAAAAGGCCAGAAGAAGCAUUCCGACAUACCGCCUCUGUUCCCCCCUGUCUACUCCGUCGAGCGCCCCUCCCAAAAAAACAAAUCACAAGAAUCUCUCGUCAUGGAGGCUUUCAAACGCCAUGGCCUGGGCGGUCGCCAGAACUCUUUCAAGAAGAGCCCCAAGGCCAGUCCCAAAGCGGAGCCCCAGCCUGCUGCCAUCCUCAACAUGGUUGUCGAGUCGCCGCCCCUGGUCUUCUUCAAUUCGCCGCAAACAUCCACUGGUGCCAUCAUCUCUGGCUUGCUGAACCUUGAGGUGCACGAGCCAAAUGUGACGCUCGAAAAGAUGGAGAUGCGUCUCCUCGCUGUGGUCACAACAAAGAAGCCCGUGCACCAGCAUUGCCCGGACUGCACUUCCCAGACUACCGAGAUCCACAAGUGGGAGUUUCUGCGGGGAGCCGUCCAGCUGCAUUUUGGCCAGCACUCGUUCCCUUUCAGCCAUCUCAUCCCUGGACACUUGCCUGCAACUACGCACGGUCAGAUUACAACGCUCGACUACUACCUCGAUGCAGUCGGCACCUUGUCCAAUGGCAAGAAGCUCGAGUACAAGCGCGCUCUUGACAUCAAGCGCUCCAUCGUCCCCGGCCCCGACAAGCACUCAAUUCGCAUCUUCCCUCCCACCAACCUUACCGCAUCGGUGAAGCUCCCUCCGGUUGUUCACCCCAUUGGCGACUUUGGUGUAGAAAUGCGCCUUUCCGGCGUCACUCAGACCAAGGAUGACUCGCAGUCGCGCUGGCGCCUCCGCAAGCUCAACUGGCGCAUUGAGGAGACCCAGAAGUCCAUCUCUCCUGCUUGCCCCAAGCACGCCAACAAGGUCGGCGGAGAAGGAAAGGGCAUUCUCCACGACGACACCCGCACCAUUGCUAGCGAGGAGGUGAAGACCGGAUGGAAGACCGACUUCACCGAGGGCAACAUUGAUUGCGAGUUCCGCGCCCGAUGCAACAUUGCCCACAACCCUCUUUGCGACAUGGACAGCCAGAGCGGAAUGAGCGUCAGACACAACUUGGUCAUCGAGAUGGUCGUCGCCGAAGAAUGGGCCCCGCUCAAGAAGCUGAGCCAGGCCACUCCGACCGGCGCUGCUCGUGUCCUCCGGACGCAGUUCCACCUUGUGCUCACCGAGCGCUCUGGCAUGGGCAUCUCCUGGGACGAGGAGCAGCCCCCCCUGUACGAGGACGUUCCCGCCAGCCCGCCUACCUACAUUGGCGACUACGACGGCCCACCGCUCCACGACGAGCACGACGAGCUGCACCUUGGUCCUUGAGCCCGUCUAACCCAUCGCCUCAUGAUCACGAAUCUCCUUACUGUCACACACAAAAAGUUUUUGAAUUUGCACCGGUCUCUCGUCGGAGGAUAUAC